GAGACUAAAUGGCCUACUUCCAAACUUCGUGGAGCUGUUGUUCCAGUUUCUUCUGUUCACAUGGAGCCCUAAAAUUGAAGAAAGAAAAGCUGUAAAAAGAAGUAUUUGAACAAGAAAAAAAAACAGACAUUUGCAAUGUUUUCUUUACUUCGCAUCUGUAAAUAUCUUCCAAAAUUUACCCCUUUAUACGGGCAAAGAGUCCAGGCACUUGCAGCCGCGGCUGCAAAGAAAAAUACAGUUCCUGAUGCAAAUGAAACAGAGGCCCAACCUAGGUAUUUUAGAGGGAAAAAGAUAGAGGAGGAAGUUCAAAAUCCAUUUCUCCAUGAAUAUUUGUUACUGAUAGCUACUGGCUAUGAUGCAGCCAUUUUAGAUUCAUACUCAAAUUUUGUUCAAAUUGCUGCAAAAAUGGUAGAUAUGGAUGUCACAAAAAGCUUCAAUUUGCCUGCAAUACCUGAAGUAAUGAAUGUAAAAAAAGCAAAAAGCCAGUUACGAAAGGACCAAAUUCUCUACAAGUUGAAAAGACACCAGAGAUUUUUGCAGGUCAUAGAUGUUUCCGAAGACAAAAUUGAUAUUUUUGUUGAUUAUAUUCAAGAGAAUCUUCCUUGUGGCGUUCAGUUAAAACUUGAGCUUAAACGGUGGGAGGAGCAUGUAGCACCAAACCAUCCCUCUUUGCAAACUCUGGAAAAAUCAGUUUCUCGAUAUCAAAAAAGCUAGGAUUUGUUUAUAACAGCGCUAAAUGGAUGCAUGUACCUUUGCCUUUUUGCAGAUGAAAGGACACAGACAGCAAUUACAAGCGCCGAUCUCUUCUGCCUUUUGUAUCAUAAAGAGUGGACUUCUUUGAAUUUUUCUGAUGAUUUCCUUCACGGCAUGUUAUUAGAUUUUUGAAAUAAAAAUAAUAGCUGGU